AUGAAGAAAAUUCACGAAUCCGCGAAGAAGAGGAGACGGUUCGCUAAAGAGAGAGCUGAGAUGCAUAGACAAUACGUUUUCGAAGUAGCGAAAGCUUACGCUCUCGAAUUGCAUUCUGAACAAACUCUUAAACAAAGCAAAGACGAUGAGGAAGAAGAAGAAGAGGUGGAGAAAGGGAAGAUUCGAUUUGAUGAUGCGAAGAAGGCGAUCAAGAAGAGGAGGAGAUACUCUAGAUCGAGUUCUAGUGUUAUUGAUAGUACAUCAAUUGAGUUGAAUAUGAUGACGACGAAAAAGACGGCUCCUCUGUUAACGGAGCUGUGUGUGAGAGCUCUUGCUGAAAACUCUGGAGCCAUUAAGUCUUUGUAUCUUGUCCCUGAUCACUUGAAGAAGAAGAUCAUGAGUCUUGUUAGUGAUUUAAGUAGAGUAGACAAAGGUUUUGUGAAGCUUCUUGUUGAUGAUUCUCGUUGUGAGGUUUUUGUGAAGAAUUGUGUUGACUUAGAGGAAGAAGACUUGACUAAGAUACUAUCUAAAUGUGACAGAGCUAGCUUAGAGGUGUUGAAUCUUGAUCUUUGCGGAUGA